AUUUCUUUCUUAAUAUACUAUCUCUUAUACAUGUAUGUAGGCUUUGCAUUUGCUCUGAAACAAUGUAGGAAAAAUGAAAAGAAAUUGAGGCUUUGAACGAACCAAAAAUAAGUCUUCAAUUGACGUGCACAUGCCACCCUGUAAUUAAAUUUUUUGCUAAAAUUUUGAUAUCUCACCAGAAAGAAAUGAACAGCCAAGUACCUCCUGGUAUUGAUCGAACAAGGACAAAUUGGACACCCGUAAUGGAACGUUAUUUUAUUGAUCUUAUGUUAGAUCAGAUGCAUAGGGGAAAUAGAAUGGGUCAUACUUUUAACAAGCAAGCUUGGACGGAUAUGUUGAACAUGUUCAAUGCAAAAUUUGGGACCAAAUAUGACAGGGAUAUCUUGAAGAGUCACUAUACAAAUUUAUGGAGGCAAUACAAUGAUGUGAAGAAUCUUCUUGAACAGAACGGAUUUUCUUGGGAUGAUACUCAGAAAAUGGUGAUAGCUGAAGACAAUGUUUGGGAUGCCUUUAUCAAGACCCACCCUGAUUCCCAAAGCUACAAAAGGAAGUCUUUGAUGAACUUCACUGAUAUGUGCUUGAUAUAUGCGUAUACAGUAGCAGAUGGACGAUACAGUCGGUCAAGUCAUGAUGUAGACUUAGAUGAUGACAUUCAAGGGCUGAAUAUUGUUAGCGUUGGCCCAACGAGUACUGAGCAUGUGAAAAAGGAUUGGACACCAGAGAUGGAUCGAUGUUUUAUUGAGCUUAUGUUGGACCAACUUAAAAAGGGCAAUAAAAGGGAUAUGGCAUUCAGCAAACAAGCGUGGAAACAUAUGUUGACUUUGUUCAAUGAAAAAUUUUGUUCUCAAUAUGGCUUAAGUCUUUUAAAGCGACGCUAUAAGAAGUUGUUCAAGUACUAUAGUGAUAUAAGAAGCCUACGUGAGAGAAGUGGAUUUUCUUGGGAUGAAAGACAACAAAUGAUAAUCGCUGAUGAUGCUGUUUGGGAAAAAUAUAUCAAGGCACAUCCGGAUGCACAUUUAUACCGAAAAAAGACCUUACUGAACUAUCGGGAUUUAAGUUUGAUUUAUGGAAAUCAAUUCAUCAAUGGAUGUGGUGACCAUGUGCGCCAUGAUAAGAACUUUCAAGAUGGAAAAAUCCAAGUUAGGACUGCUGAAGAAAAUGAUAUUUAUGCCUCUGCUGGAAGUAAUGGCCCUGGACAAUCCUGGACGCCAGCAAUGGAUCGUUAUCUCAUUGAUUUGCUGCAAGACCAGGCACUCAGAGGGAAUAAAAUUGGUCAGAAAUUGACAAUUGAGGCUUGGACUGAAAUGAUCAGGUUGUUCACUGAGAAAUUUGGGUCUCAUCAUGACAAGGGAUUUCUCAAGAAUCGAUACAAACAUUUGAGGAGCCAAUACAACGGCAUUAACUUUCUUCUUGAGCAGAAUGGGUUUUCUUGGGAUGAAAAUCGAGAGAUGGUAACAGCUGAAGAUUACAUUUGGGAUUCUAUUAUUGAGGUCCAUCCUGAUGCUUGUUCAUAUAGAAAUAAGUCUGUGCCAAGCUAUCACAAGCUAUGUGUGAUAUUUGGUGAAGAAAGUUACAAUGGAAGAAACAGUCAUAGAGCUCAUAAUAUAGAUCUUGAUAGUACGGACCCAGCUUUUAUAAUCAGAGACAAUGUUCAAUGCCAUGCAAAUGGCGAUUGCUCCAGGACAGAGUGGACACCUUCAAUGGAUCGCUAUUUUAUCGACCUUAUGUUAUACCAAGUGACAAGAGGGAAAAAGACUGAUUACAGUUCGGAUAAUCAAGCUUGGAUAGAUAUGGCUGUGUUGUUCGAGGAAAAAUUUGAAUUAAAAAUUGACAAGGAGUUUUUGAAGGGUUAUCACAUAAGUUUAGGGAAUUUGUUCAAUGACAUGAAGAAUCUACUUGGCCAGAGAGGAUUUUCUUGGGAUGAAACACAGCAGUUGGUCAAAGCACAUGAUGAUGCUUGGGAUGCCUACGCGAAGGAAUAUCCAGAUAUCAGAUCAUACAGAACUAAACGCACUCCAAACUACAAUGACUUGUACUUGAUUUUUGGAGAUUCAAAUUCAGAUGAUGGGGGCAAUCAAUUGGUUCCAGGUAUUUGCUGUGAUGGUGAUGGAUUUUUCUUUUGGCUGACCUUGUCAAUGUUUUGCAGAGUCAAACAUCAAAAUAGCUACUGCUAUAGAACGGAUUGGAGUCCACUGAUGGACCGAUUUUUCAUUGAUCUAAUGUUAAAGCAUGUUCGUCAAGGAAGUAUGGUCAAUUUAAGAUUUAACAAGCAAGCAUGGUAUGAUAUGGUUUCAAAGAUCAAGGCUGAAUUUGGAUCUGAGCAUGACAAAGAUGUCCUAAAGAGUCGUUUUAUGAAUUUGAGGAAGCUAUUUAAAGAUAUGAAAAACUUACUUGAUCAGAAAGGGUUUGCUUGGAAUGAACUAAAGCAGAUGAUAGUUGCCAAUGAUAAUAUUUGGAAAUCUUAUGUGAAGGAAUACCCAGAUGCCCGAUCAUAUCGCAAUAGAACUCUUCCAAAUUAUAAUGACUUGUUCUUGAUAUUUGGAGAUAAAAACAAUGAUGGAAGACUUGAUGACUCAAGUCACUCAAUUGCUGCUGAUGGCUAUGUCCUGGAACUAGAUGUUGCUGAUGAUGACGACGGACUAUCCCUGUCUGGUUAUGAUCGUCCAAAGAUAAAUUGGACAAAGUCAAUGGAAGUCUAUUUCAUUGAACUCCUGUUAGAACAGGUGCUUAAAGGGAAUAAGAUUGGUCAGACAUUCAAUGAGCAAGCAUGGGCCUGGAUAAUUGCCUCGUUCAACGAGAAAUUUGGCCUUCUAUGUGAUAAGGAUGAUAUAGAGAGCUGGUAUUUAAGUUUGAUGGAAGAGUAUUAUAACAUCACAGAUCUUCUCAAUCAGAAAGGCUUUGCCUGGGAUGAAAUUAAGCAAGCAGUGAUAGCUGAUGAUGAUGAUUGGAAAUCUUAUUUCAAGGAACAUCCAGGUGCAAAUAAAUACAGGAAUAGAAUCUUAAGUAGUUAUAAUGAUCUUUUUAUGAUUUAUGGUAAUGAAGCGCCUGUUGGAAGAUUCAGACAUUCAGGUUCAAGUAUGGAGAUUGACUGGAAUACCCGAGACAUGGGGCUUGCUGGCAUUUUUGGAGACGCACUAUACCGAACUGAAGAAUUUGAAAUAUCUGAUCAUAGGAAGAAACGGAAAACUAUAGCUACAUCAACCUCAGCAGCUCAUAGGAAAGUUCAGAGGCAGAACAUGGAGGAUCCAGAAGUACUUGCUCGCAAGGCACAUAUGAUCAAAACAAGUGGAAGUAAGGAAGAAAAAGAAGAAGUGUCGAUCGAAGCUAUAGUCAAUGCACUCCAAACUAUACCAGACAUGGACGAUGAGCUCUUCCUGGAAGCCUGUCAACUUCUAGAGGAUGAGAAGAAGGCUAAGGUGUUUGUGGCAAUGGACGUAAAUCAGCGGAGGAAAUGGUUAUAUAGAAAGCUCCAUAGAUAGCAUCUGGCUGAACUAUUUACCAUUGUACAAUACAAAAAUCGUGUAAAAAUAGGUCUAAUGUUAAUGCAAAGCAAGUUUACUUCA